AUGGCAUUGAAUAAAAAUAUCCUAUUUUUCCUGGGUCUAAGCAUCGCCUUUUCCCAGCAGAAAGAUCUCUUCAUCAAGAAGUCUGUCGCACCAGUCCCACCUUCUCCACCCAGGCCACCUCUGCAUCCUAAAGAGGAUGACUCAUCUUUCGCCAACAUCGAUGAGAUCAGAGCCUUCCACUACGAUCUAGACUUUUUCGUCAAUUUUGAUGAACAAAGAGUACAAGGAAAUAUGACCAUUUAGUUAUUUGCUCUUGCCAAUAAUGUUACUCAAGUGAUUUUAGACUAAGCAAAUCUCAAUAUCAAUUAGAUUGUUGACAGCAAUGGUACUAAACUAGCCUACAAAAUCCAAACUAUUAGUCCCAACGUUUCAGACCCAAUCCUCGGUGCUCCUCUUAUUAUCUAUUUACCUCAUGUUUUUAACCAAGGUAAUCAGACCAAUAUCACAAUCACCUACUAAACUACUGGUCAUGAUUCCGCCCUUAGUUGGUUAACUCCAGAACAAACUGCUGGUAAAGAUAUGCCAUACGUUUAUACUCAAAAUGAGCCAGCAUAUGGAAGAUCAUGGUUCCCCUCUCAAGAUACACCAUCAGUUAAGGUCGCAUACACAGCUAGAGUAACCAUUAAGAAAGGUUUCGUAGUUAAAAUGAGUGCUAAGGAUCUCUAGUAAGUAGAUCUAGGAAAUGGUUUCAUACAAUACUAUUUUACUUAAAGGAUUGAGGUACCAUCAUACUUAAUUACAUUUGCAGCUGGAAAUCUUGUUGAGCAGAAAGUUGGACCCAGAACUAGCGUAAUCACUGAACCAUCUCAAAUGGCAGCAUGUGCAGCUGAGCUCUCAGACCUUGAGACUCUUCUUAGUUCUGUUGAGUCUUAUCUGAUCAACUAUGAAUGGGAUGAGUACAAGAUUCUAGUUUUACCUCCAAGUUUCCCAUUCGGAGGAAUGGAAAACCCACUCUUGACUUUUGCUUCUCCAACAAUCAUUGUUGGUGAUAAAUCAUAAGUAUAUGUUGCUACUCAUGAAAUCGCUCAUUCAUGGACAGGAAACUAAGUAACUUGUGCCAACUGGGAGAACUACUGGCUAAAUGAGGGAUUCACAGUCUUCACUGAAAGAAAGAUUAGUGGUCAAAUUUACGGAUACAACUUCGCACAAACAGAAGCCUACCUUAAUAACAAAACUAUGUGGGAUAACAUGCUAUCUUAUGGUCUAGACAGCAACUAUACUCAACUUGAUCCGAUUCAAUUCUUCGGUGUUAACCCAGAUAACACUGAGGGAGAAGUCUCUUAUGAGAAAGGCUAUCAAUUCCUAGUAUUCUUAGAGAGCCUUGUUGGCGAGGAUACUUUCUAGCAAUUUAUGAGAUCAUACAUUUAAGCAUUCUCUGGCCAAUCAGUCAUUGAUCUUGAAAUGAGAACAUUCUUUCUUACUUUUAUCGCCAAGACUUUUGAUCCUGCUACAGCAUAAUCAAUCAACUCAGCUAUUGACUGGAAUGAAUGGUUCUAUGGAAAGGGACUUCCACCUGUUACCGCAGACUUCAUGAAUGAUGAUAUUGCAGCUGCUUAGCUUCUUGCUUAAUAAUAUAUCCGAUUGGGAGGAAUCGGUUCACCUGAUGGUUAUCAGAAAUUCAACAACUACUAUAUGAACUAAAAAGUGGUCUUUGUUUAAGAGCUACUUGACAACAAGGACUCAUUGAAUGCUGAUGCCUUCCAUAGAAUUCAAAAUGACUUGAAUGUUCAAAGCAUCAAGAACCUUGAAUUCAGAAUGAGAUGGGAUGUUCUUGGCAUCAACCUUAAGAUUAAGGAAAGAGUUACUGAUGCUUAGGCUGUUGUUGGAUCAAUGGGAAGAAUACUCUACUUAACUCCAAUCUAUACUGCUCUUGUAAAUAAUGGAUUUAGAGAUAAUGCAAAUCAUUUCUACUAAAUUAAUGAGGCUUUCUAUAGUCCAUUAGCUAGAAAUGCAAUUCAAUCUAUUUUGGGAAAUUCAGAAUCAAAGAUGACAUUGAUGAGCAGCCAAGGCCAUCCUUCAGUUGUCAGAUAUUGA